UGAGUUCAACCGCUUGCCCCUGGUUGCUUGAGUCCGCCUAGGACGCUCCCUAAUAAAUGGCUGCUUGCUUUGCGUACCAGGCUGCAAUCAGCACCAUGGCGGAAGAGAGCGGUUUCGCCAGGAUCCUGCGUUGGAGAAACUUGUGCCUCAUGAAGGUGUUGCUGCACGAGAUGUUGCGGGAUUCAAUGCCCUCAGAUUUGCGCACCCUGUUGUUCCAAGGAAGGAACUUGUCCAGCUUUCUGCGUGAUUUUCAGGAUUUCUGCCUUAUAAAGAAGUGGGACAACAAGGCGAUGUGGUACAUGUUCCCUUUGUUCGUUUGCGAAAUCCUAAGCGAGGAGGUUUAUACCCUCAAGCAGAAGGCGAAGACGUGGGAUGAGCUGGAGAUUUCCCUAAGGCUAAGAUUCCCAGAAGACGGGAUGGAGGGUCAACGUGGGGAAUGCUCUGUGCCGCCAAGUGCGGGCGGACCAUCGCAGGCAGAAUUAAGUGGGCUACAAAGACAAGUAGGGGCCUUGGAAGAGAGGUCAGCACGACUAGAGGAGGUCAGGAAGGGCAAGCAGAAAAUUUCGGAAGGUCCGCCAAGUGAGCCGACUGACCAGGGUGAAAGAGGAGUGGAGAAGGAUGACCAAGAGUCACCCCUCUCGAUAGGAGCCCCAAAGAGGCGAGCCGGUGUUCAGGCGAGAGACAAAGACGGAGAUUUCAUUGAGAUAAAGGAGGAGCAGGAUGCUAAUAUAGCCUUGCCUGUUAUUGCGCCGGAUCCAAAGAAGGGGCUCAUUAACGUGGAAGCGUCCUCAGCUGCAGGUCGGAGAGGCAAAAAAAUGGGUGGUGGCUAGCGCACUGGGUAGAGACGAUGGUUGUGUCCAAACGUGUGAUAUAUUGGUAUGUACAAUUGGGAUAAAUUGCGUGGUUUGAG